AUGAAUAGUAUAAAGUCAGCUUCGAGUCUUAAUGUGAAGCAGCUGGAUGAGGAUGGACUCUUCGAUCUUAUCCGUAAACGCACAGCUAUUUCCGGAUCGCUGGCCACAAGUCCUGAACCUGCCACUAAAGCACUUCUUCUUGAGUCUUCUUCUAGUCGGGAAUUGGCAAAGCCGCCAUGCUCCAAAACCUCUCCAUCCAUCCCGUCGCCAAUCAGUCUAAGUUUAGAGAAGUUGAAUACUCACAAGUCCUGUUCGCCUGAGGUAACUCAACUUACUGGCCGUCCUUGCGUCCCACUAUCGCAUAUACUUACUGCCAAUAGGCAGUGCUCGGAGACAUCCAAAAUUGUCUCUUCCCGAUCUCCGAAUACUAAACCCAUGACCAAAUCGCACCGUAAACCAACAAUAAAGUCUUUUGGUGGGCCUCCAUCACCAGUUUCUGAUUCCCCGUCUAUUUCCGAUGGUCUUCUUUGGUCAGAAAAGUACCGCCCGACGACGCGCAAACAAUUGGUUGGUCAGAUGGGCAACAGCAGUCCGGCCAAUCGGCUGUUUGCCUGGCUAUCUGCUUGGCACAAUCACUUCAUUGCAGGUUCCUAA